CAGUCAGGUACGUCUCGCGUGUUAUCGCGAGAGUUCCAACAUCUGUGGCUUUGAGUCACAUCUAUGCUUUGCUUUCAGUAUAUAUUUAUCUUCUCUUUCAUGACGGGAAGUUUGGUUUGAGUGACAUCAAGGCAACCCCAGCAUGGACUCAAGGGCACAGAUACUGGAGGAAACCUUAGAGACGAUUUUAAAGGGUGAAGGACUCGAGAUGAGAGAGUUUGAUGCAGUCCCUGAACAAGUGAAGCCUGUCACACUGAGGAAGAGCGUGUGUUACAUUGUCAGCGGAGUUAUCUUCAACUCAAAGGAUGAGGUGUUAAUGGUUCAGGAGGCAAAGAGGGAGUGUUAUGGCAGAUGGUAUCUCCCUGCGGGACGCAUGGAGGAGCGUGAAAGCAUUCUAGAGGCGCUGCAGAGGGAGGUCAAGGAGGAGGCUGGCAUAGACUGCCAACCAAUCACACUGCUGAUGGUUCAAGAACAAGGGCCAAAGUGGGUUCGCUUCGUCAUCCUUGCAGAGGAAAAAGGAGGCUCUCUGAAGACAACGGCAGAAGCAGAUUCUGAAUCCCUUCAAGCUCAGUGGUGGGACCGCGAGUCCCCACUUCCUCUUCGCGCACCUGACGUACUGCCCCUCAUUGAUGCUGGAAUAAAAUAUCGCCGAAAUCCCUCGUUCCCUAUGUUACAACCUGUUGACUUCCCAUGUCCCGUUAUCUGCCAAAGACUUUUACUCGCAUACAUCUCCAGCAACGGUAACACAGACAGCAGCAAUGAGCCCCGUCUGUGGCUGCUGCUGAGCAGCAAUGAUGCCACUCCUCAUCCCAGUCUUCCUAUAGCAGUAUCAGUUGAUACAUACAACACAAUCCCAUGGGCUGCACACAGGCUGAUUAAGGAGUGCAUGUCUUCAUCAUCCAUCCACGUUCAAAUAUGUGGCAUUCUUGGAGUGCAGCACAAUGGGAGAAUUCCAGGGAAAACAGACGGGAUCUGCUUCAACAUGCUUGUGUUGUUGGAAAAUUUAGAGGAUGGGGCUGAAAUCAGCAGCCCACCAGCAUUGGAGGGUGAUGCUUACAGAUGGCAUGACAUGACCAAUCAGAGUCUGAAGGCAAAGAUAAUACAGAGAAUUAAAGAAAAAUCUGUUCUGCCUGUUCAGAGUCUAUAGUAAUGCUCUGUCACCCUAGCAGAGGAUCAGGACAUUAUGAAGGCCAGAACUGAACUGGCAUCUUCCACUUGCGCACCAAGGCUCAGCGUAUCUAAAGCAUGUUCAGUGGCCAUACACACCUCUUUGGUGUCUGCUAAUCCUCACCCCUCCCCCACACAUACGCCUUAACGCACCAACUGGGCACAACACUGGCCCUGCCCUACUUCACUAUACAUAAUGUGUUUUCCAAUAUGGGUUGCGUCACUUUAGAGAAAACAAAAAUAGGGUCGCUCUUAAAACAGUUUAAAAACCACUGAUGUAUAGUUACCUCUGAGAAAAUAGCUCUUCCUUCGUCUCUGUUAGUUUGGGUAAUAUUUUAUCAAAUCAACUAUAUAAUCAAUUAUAAGUUAUAGCCUACUAUUGAUUAUAAAAUCAAUCUAUUCUUUUGCAUAAUGUGGAUUAUAAUGUGCAUGAGGAAGAGGAUCUUACAGGGUUUUCAGGGUUUUCUUUGCCUGCUGCUUGGAAAGUGUUUGAACUUGAAUCACUUUCACACAUUUUAAUUUAAAUGUAUAGCCUAUAUAUUUUACAAUACUUUUUUAAAAACAUGUCUAAACUGCUAUUUUGGAAGAUCUUUGCUUUAUACAAUAUAUGAUAUAAUAACCGAUAUAACCAUCCUGCUGUAUAUUUUGUAAUAAAUAUUGCUGGCGUAAUGUUGAUGGGAGUUUUUAUUGCUAAUUAAAUCAGUUUGUUGAAAGAGUGUUUGAAAUAUUUUAAAG